AUGGAACAACGCUUUCAGUUAAAGAGACAGCCUCUUCGAUUUUUCUUCAUUGGGAGUUGGCUAUGUUUCACCUUUUUAGGUAAGUUUACACCCGUUUAAACUCCUCCCGUCCAACAGUGCCCCGCGUCAAACUUAAAUUACAAGUUUUAUUUUCUUAAGCAGUGAAAAAUAAACAUUCACCACGUGAAAUCCGCUUUUCUUAAUGGGUUUCAAUUAGAUUAGAACUAUAUCAAAAGUCUUUAUAAUUGUCUUUAGGAAUGAGGAGAGUGUAGAAAACGUUUUGUAAAACAGCCUUUUAAUUUUUCCCCUUUCGAACACAUGAGUUCAUCACCGCAAAGAAGUCAUUUAAAUUGGCUACUUUUGUUGAAAAUUGAGGUAUAAUUUCACCCCUCAAUUUCUCACCCAAAGAAACUAAAAACUGACGAUUUUUAUUUUGCUUGGGUCCAAGAAAACGUCGAUUUUGAGUUUCAUUUACUUUCAAAGCGAUGUGGUAAACUUUUUCAUGCUUACAAGAAUACCAGUUUCUGAGACAUGAGUUUUCUGAAACUUAAGUUGCUUUUCACUUUUCUUUUUUGCAUGCAAGCUACGUCGUAAGAUGCAUAUUUUAGAUACCCAGAGCGCUGAAUAAUCUAUAAGAAUUUCGUAUCUUUUAUAUCUGGCAAAAAAACAACAAGAAACAAGGAGAUGGAAAAAUAGGAUAGGUAUACCAAUAAAAGAUAACUUAAAAAGUUUCAGUUUUACAUCUGUUAGAUCUGUGUGAUUGAUUAUUAUGUAAUUAGAACAUACCACAGAAAUUCAUGCAUUUUUAUGAUAUUUCAAUAUCAUCUAUCUCAGUUUCUUUUCCUCUCUUUGUUUUCGCUUUUUUUCUUGCUAUUUUGUUUGAAAAUGACGGACAUGUCUAGUAUGAAAAAAGUGAGCGGAAAUCAAAAUUCAAGAGUUUAAUUCAUCACCCUUAUAAAUUUAGAAUUCUUGAUCAAUUACGUUACGUAACAACGUAAAAUGCACAAAUGUCACAAAUACGUCUUAAAAAGUACUUUUUUGUCGCCUGAAAGAUAUAGCAAAGUUGUUACUAAUAUGAUUUAGGGUUGUGCAAAGGUACCUUUGAUGUGCGUCAAAGGCAUUAUAUCUUUGACGUGCUAAACAUUAGACUCUUUCUAGCCUCUUCAGUGAUAGCUUUUAAUGCUUUGAUGCCUGUACAUGUUGCAUUCCGACUUUGUGUCACAUCUUUUAAGUCAAUCAAGUGGUCAAAAGCACUUUUUGUCCCGUGAUUGGCGUUGUAAAUAAAUCCAAUAAGUAUUAGUUUGGAAUUGCAGUAAAGAUGACCGAUCAACAAAUGUUAAUAAUGGUCUUUCUGGUCAUGCGGUCUGUAUGAUUAACGAUUAGUAUAAAUUAAGAAUAUUAAGGUUUUCGGCGGCUGAGUUUAAUACGUUUUCAUGCUAACGGAAACAGAAACACUCCUGCACACACCGUCUGAAAGUGAAUCAAACUGACUUUCAUAAAUCGCACAGUAAACCACUUAUCGGACACUUACACCUCAAGUACAUCAGCAGAUCAGAGUAGCAAGAUUAUUCAUCUGACUUUUCAUAAUCGUUUUCGUCUUUUAGUUCGAUCCUAGAAAAGAAAUCGAUUUAAAGUCCUUUUAUUGAGAGCACUUUCAGUUACAUCGCUUUGGCAACUGAUUUUCAUUGCUACGAGCGCUCUAAAACUGUUCAGGAGUGUAACACAAAUUCAUUUUAAGUGAAAGGCCAAGUUUCUUUGUUUUGCAUGGCAUAUUUUGCAGUGAUCUGUUAAAUUACUGAAUGUCUACGGUUUUGCAUUCCAUACGCAUACAAACCUUGUUACGUAAUGUAGUGAGCAACUAUCACAUUAUGUCACGUGAUGCUACUGUCUAUCACGCGAGACCGGGAGACCAGCAUCACGUCUGGUGAGCGAGUAGUCACAGGUAGCCCAAACUCACGUGUGAGAAUCAUUGCGUAACCAUUGGUAACAGAACUUCUAAUAAGGGUUGGUAUGGGGACUUGACGACGAUCGUUAUUUAAUAACACUUAAAAUAAAUCCGAACUUCUUACCUUGUCUCCUUGUUUUAUUUAUGGUUUGUUCAUAGUAUUUUUGACAGUUUGAGGGCGAUUCCAGCGAUUUCUCGAUAACGUCGUUAUACCAAACAUUUUUGUUACGCAACAGCGAUUCUCACACGUGAGCUUGGGGUACCUGUGGAGCAACUUUUGCAUUGCAUGUACCACAUGUUUUAGGUGUAUUUUGGCAGGAUCGAGACACAUUCUCUCUUGAUUUUGGUUAAUGUAUCUUCAUUUACUGUCAGACUGUCAAGAAACUGACCAAAUAAUUUUUCAACUCUGAGCUUAAAUGUCAAGCCACUUUGUUUUGCACGGCGCAUUUCACGGUGAUCUGACAGGACUUCAAGCUCAGUUCAGUCAAAUAGGCCUUUUCGUAAGGUUUGCUGUACAUUAAUCGUUGUUUCACGUCUUUCCCAGUAUUCCUACACGAACAAACUUUAUAAAAUCAUGCCAUAGGCAGUGAUCACAUGUUCCUAACAACAUUCACUACCCUCGAUCACGCGUGGCAAUUAGAGAUCGGGAGACCAACAUCACGUCAGUGCAGCGUGCAUGGUUAGAUUUCAGGCAUUCUGCGUUCCGUAUAUCACAUGGUGUGUGUAUAUUUCGGUGUAUAUUUCUGCAUUCUUUGUCACGCGAAGGCAGUGUUAGGUUGAAGGUCCCUUGACGAAUGACCGGCUAUUUCGAGUGUCUGUCGAAAAGAAGAUGUCUUUUAAGUAUUUAUCCUGAAAAACAGGAUUAGACAAACGGCCCGCCAACAUGUCGUAUUGCAAAAAGGUGCGAACUUUACUAUUGAUUGUAGCAUACUUACGAUUGUUUUAAAAAGCCAAAUUUACAAACACUUCUCUAUUAAUCUCUAGUUUCCCCACUAACUACAGUGGUAACAAAAUAUCUUCUCAAUCUAAAUAAAGCAGAAAUCCUAUAAGGGAACAUGUGGAAUUGUAAACUGUUCUGUGGCUAUUGUUUUUAAACGCUUACGAUUGGUUGAAUUCUCUCAACACACAAAAAAACAUCCUUUCAAGAUGGGGUCAGUUUAAAGACGUUAUAUUUAUAAACUGUUUUUUUAAUGGGCCGACGGAUUCUCUAUGUGGAAAUAGAAACAUUAAUUCUCGAGUGGGAAAAAGGCAUAGCCGCAAAACAAAAGAACAUAAUACAGUUUUAACCAUGAUCAUUCCCAGUUUUAAGAGAAGCAUUUCAUUUCAACAUACAGUCUUUGUUAGACACUAAAUGGUGAUAUUGGCAAAGGCCCUGAUUAAAUAAAAAGCUUGCAUCCAACAUAAAAUUAACGUAACAUCCGUUAUGUCAGUGUAAUGUGACUUAAUCAUUUUAUUCUUCUAAACAAAUUGUCUGAAUCCUCGCCUUCUACUUCCAUUAAUUAACCCUGUCAAAUAAAUGCAGUAAUCAUCUGUGCACAAUUGUAACCAUAUACAUUUUUCUCAUUUUUCCUUGAAUCCGUAUAAUUAAUUACAGGGAAGAUGUGAAUAAUAACCCUUUUAAGGGUAAAGCUUGAAAGCUUUACCGGUUCCUAGCGCCUAAAUUAGCCGUCAGCUAUUUGUACCUGUAAAUUCCUUUCUUUUUAAUUUAAUUACUGAAAAUGGAAUUAUAACAGUAAAAUAAUGAAAUACGUUCCUGAAAAGCUAAAGAUCAGUCUAGUAAAAUAAAGUGAGAGACCUACAUCACGUUAUCAUCUCACACGCUCCAUUCACGUGCUGCAGUCUCGAAUAGAAUUUAGGGUUACGAUGAUACCUGGAUUGUUUGGGUCUUUUUACCCACUGAAAUUUCAGUUUUCUUAAGGGUAGGGAAGUAAACAAUUAUGAACCCAAUAAAUACCAAGUAAUUGUCAUUCUCUUUAAAUUUUCUCGUCAUUUUAAUACGAGUUCCUGAAGUGACUAGCCUGCCGUCACACUGAUAUAUCUAGGUUUAUAUACAGGUUUUGACCCAGGAAAUUUUCUUUGCUGGUUUGUCAUUAUAGUUCAUUUUAGAGACAAGUUUGUCUGCGCCGCAGUGAUUCUUUCCUACUUGGAGGUUUUAAUUGAUUUUUUAAAAGGUUUUUGAAAUUCCACAGUCUUCAAAAAGCUUCAAAAUGCCGACUCUCCUGUAUUAUGCUGUAUAUAUUUCGUGUUUCCUCCUCAAAAGCAAGGGUAAAUAUCAAGACGAUUCUGACAAUGCCAAGAAGAUAUAAGAUAAGUGAUCACUAGCACGUUUCUAACUCUGCGUUUUUCUUUAGCUUCAAGUGCAGCUGCCUCGUCCCCGUCAAAUGUGUCCAAUAGUAAUGCUACUUCAUCAAGUGCCCCAGGUGAGCGACGGAUGGAACAUCAUCAGAAUUUUUUUUAUGUGUUCCUAGUUUCUAAUACUGCAUUAUUUUCUUCACCUCUUGCAGUAUCAAGUACUUCAAGUUUAGUUCGCCCCUCGACAACUGUGUCCAGCUUUAUUGCUAUUUCGUCAAGUGCCGCAGGCCUCGCAGGUGAGCAAAGGAUGCAACAUCAUUGCAUUUUCGAUGUGGUUCUAAAGUAAUCCCUUUACUAACAUUGUACCUUCUAUCAUUUUACUUACAGCUUCACAAUCAACGUCCCCCAUACUGAGCACAACAAGUGUAUCUCAACCCUCAAAUACACCGCCAAAAGCAGGCAUUAGCAGUGUUCCCGGUAAGUAGUUUUUUGCUUUCCUCACGGUAUGAGCGACAGAAAGUCGCCUCGCGAUAAGACGCGCGCGACGCGUGGGAAGCGAUUUUCCUACACUUUCGUGUCAGACAAUGUGCGGAAAUGAGCAAAUUUUUAUGUUUUCUAUAGAGCCUGAAAGUUUAUUCUGCAUCCAUCUGAGCUUCCUUCCUAUCUUUCAAAACAUAACAUUCGUCCUUUUUGUCUUUUUGUCUUAUAGCUUCGCAAUCAAGUGUCGUCAUAGGGACUUCGUCACCUGUUUUUCCUCAAAAUUCGAAUAAUACAGCGGUCAACGGUACUGGUAAGUUUUUAACACAAUGAUGGGAUCUUAUGCAGCUUCUUUUUUAUCCUUAAACAUGCAAACAGCUAAAACACGACCAAAAAUAACGAUUCAGCUGCUGCAAUUAAAGUUGUUAAUUUUUUUUGAACCGCAAGACCACAAGGUCAUGGAUAAGCUGCGGGAUUUUCUAGGGCAUUCCGACGACAGGAUUUUACUUUUUCUCCCCUGACUGUGCCACGACAGCUUAUUCUAUUAUUUGUCUGGUUUGUCAAUUACUCACUGCUUAAAACUCAACGUUAACGCACAGGGCAAAAUCGCAGUUUUCACUGGCAACAGACUUGUCUCCCAAAUGUCGUAAUUUAACGUUGCUAGCAACAGACUCGAAUAAUAAUAAUAAUAAUAAUAAUAAUGACGAUGAUGAUGAUGAUGAUAAUGAAUUGAUCGGCUGAAUUGUUUUCAAACCGUUAGCAACGUGUCUUAAAAAGCCCUCCUAAUUUUAAUCAUCCAUGCCUUAUUUUGUAUUUGCAGAACUAUUUAAAUGCUCUGAAUGAAAAGAAAAAAAACAAUUCACCUUAACAUAUUAAUAAUGAACCAGUCAAUCUUGGCUAACAUGAUUACGCGAUAAAGCUCUUUUUUACUCUCGUUGUCUGUAGAUUCGCCAACAGUUGAUGAAGCCUCUAGCCGAGACCUGUGGCGUACUGUUGGUAUUGCUGUUGGAGUUUCCUCGGGAUAUCUUCUUCUUGUCGCCGGGCUGAGCUUCUAUGUCGAAUGGCGACGAUCGAAGCGUCCAUCAAAGAAAUCAGAGGUGAAGAAAGUGUCUGCUUCACCGGCGUCUGCAAAUGGUAAAGGAUUUUCUGUUUCUUUUACAUUUUAGUAAAUUCAAAUAUUUAUCGUCAGCCUCAUGCAAUAUUAUGACUUUUACCCCACAUGCCAAACUACCUUUUAAAUUGGGUCUAGGAAAUUUUGAUUAUAACGGCAAUACCUCCCUCGUUUUGAGGAUUCAUUAUGCCACCUCUAACAAAUUUUUUGGAAAAUGGUUACCAGGCUUUCAUACUUUCUUUAAACUUAGUUUCUUAUGCAUUUUUUCUCCUUUAUCAUAGUCAACGCCGCUUUUACUGGAGACGUUGAAGAACAAGUUGCAAACGGCCAUGUUGUCGACGGCACUAACAUGGUUAUGAAGGAGAAGCAGAACAGCUCUUUGACUUCUCACACUGACUAUGACAAUAUGAAGUUUCCCAGGCACGAUCUGGAAUUACUGAAGAUCCUGGGUAACGGUGCCUAUGGUCGAGCCUACUUGGUGCUAGCUACUGGCAUUUGUGAUUGUGAAGAUAAAACCACGGUUGUUGUCAAGUCGUUGCUUAGUGAUGACGAGAUAGCGCGUGAAGAGUUCAAUUACGAAAUGAACGCUUUACGUGGAUUGCAACAUAAAAAUGUUAUCACGCUACUUGGCUUCUGCAACGAGGUUGAGCCCACUUACCUGAUAUUUGAAUCAGUGAAUAAGGUAUGUAUUUUUCAGUUAACGCUUACUAACUGAUCCAAAGGGAAACAGACUCUCUCCGUGUGCACGUUUGCCUCUCUGACGUCAAUUUCGCAAUGCUGGCUGCAUGCGCACUAAGGGUUUUGGCGGGAACUGACUGUGUAUUGUACGACUCGAAGGAGCCUGAGAAAGCGCAGACGCACAGAAGAGAGCAUUGAAGUUUGAUGAAUAACGCAAGAACCUAGUCGCUAAAAGAUCUAUUUUCUCCCCUGCGUAUUACUUGAUUUCUUCCGUUUCUUAAUAUAUAUGAGAGUUGACUCCGGUUUGUUUGUUUUUGUUUUUGUCUUUUGCUGUUUAGUGUUUUGUGAUGUCAACGUUCCCACUAAAGAACACUUGUGUUUAUUUUCUGGAAAACAACUGAACUAGAGGGGCGAAUAUUAUUAUUCAACUAAUUUAUCUGUUGGGUUUCUCUUUCUCUAUCAGGGUGACCUAAAGCAGUUAUUACUGGCAAGUGAAAAUAAUAAUCAAAGCACACUGAACUUAAAUCAGAAACUCGCCAUCUGCGAACAAGUCGCUUCCGGGAUGACUUAUCUCAGCUCGCAGAACUUUGUUCACAAGGAUCUCGCGGCGAGAAACUGCUUGGUCGCAGAAGACCUUCAGGUAAAGAUAAGCUUCCUGAAGCUCAGUUCAGACGUGUACAGUGCCGAGUACCACAGCCUCAAUAACGUUAAGGUGCCCCUCCGAUGGAUGCCUCCUGAGGCGAUUUUUGAUAACAAUUUCUCUGAAAAGAGUGAUGUCUGGUCAUACGGUGUUUUAGUAUGGGAGAUUUUCUCGUCUGGUAAGAUGCCGUAUAAUGACUUGUCAAACGACGAAGUCUUGAAAUGCGCCCGAUAUGGCCUUCAUCUUACCAACCCUGAUAACUGUCCUGCUAGCGUGUCGAAGGCUGUGCAGAAAUGCUGGGAGGCAAACCCGCUCGAACGACCGACUUUCUCAGAGCUGUUGGUUGUACUUAACAGCGCUGGAAUGGACACUCACCUAUGAUGCCCGUUUUUUAAGGGACUGCGACUUUUGUCGAUCAGGAAUGAUCACUUCCACUGAAGCUGAGCAAAACCCUUAAGAUAUCCCGCAGAUCCAAGAAGCUUUUAAUAUGAUUGGCUGCGCAGUUUUUAAGCAAUAUAUUUGCUUAGCUUGAACUUAAUGCUUGCCUUCACAACCGUUUUUUGUCGUUACAAAACGUUCCUUCCCAUAGUGCAUUGAGUGUUUUGGCGGGAACUGACUGUUUGCUCGACCGCUAGGCAUCGGCCGACUUCGAGUAGCCAAUGAGAACGCAAAUGCAAACCCACAAAGUUGAAAAAUUCGAAGGGGAGGAACGUUGCGUGACCACACAAAAAAGGCUGAGAAGGAAACUAUUUCUUCCACAGCCUUUCACGUAAGAAAUGGAAGAUUAGAUUCCUUCAAUUUAGUUUGAAUUCGCAAUUUUGUGUCUUGAAUGAGGCAUAGUCCGCGCUUGUUCAACAAAACCGUCAGCUACGCAGACUAUUGAUCAUUUAAAUUUCAGAGCCAUCUUUCAAGGUGUGUAACUGGUUAAGUUUUCCAGGUUUGUGAGUGAAAAAAAAUAAUAAAAACGCUCGCGGUUAGAAAAAAUAAACUUCGAUGAAGACAAUUCUAGUACUACUUGUCACGUGUUGCUCUGGUUAACUUUUCCAGGUUUGUGAGUGAAAAAAAAAAAAAGAAAAACGCUCGUUGUUAGAAAAAAUAAACUUCGAUGAAGACAAUUCUAGUACUACUUGUCACGUGUUGCUCUUGUCUUUUUCAUGGCUGUUUAAAACAUGAUAGAAAUUUCUUAGUUGUUGUUUGGCUACUUUUGUGGUAACGAGUAGCUAGGAGUAUACUAGACAAAAGUGAUAACGCAUUUAUAGUCAAUGGUCUUUUUGUGUGAGUAUCUAUGUUGGCGCCUCAGUUUUUUCCCGUCUAAACAGUUUGUGUAUGUAACAAUUAUCUAAUGUAUUUAUUUUGUCAACUUAAUCGCUGCAAG